AUGCUACGUCCAGCAGGCGACCAUGGUGAUGGAGUUGAUGUCAACGGUGACAAAUACAUUGUGAAGGGUGGCGGAUCAAAAUACGAAGAAGACCAUCAUGAGUCGAGAGGAAAAAAAGGCGACGAGUGGUACGAAAAAAUUCACGAGUCGGGAAAGGGAGAGAAGGGUCAUCACGAUAAAGAAGAUCAUGAACGUAGUUAUGAGGAGAAGGAUGGCCAAGAUAAAAAGAAGCAUGAAGAGGGUGGCCAUUACAGCGAACAUCAUCAUGGUGUAAAAGGAGAGAAGAACGCGAAAUUUGAGGAGGAAGGGAAGCACCAGAAGGGCCAUAGUACCAAAGGGGAACAUAGUAUUUUCAAGAAAGAUGAGUACGAGAAAAAGCACGACUUUUAUGACGAGUAUCACGAAGAUGGUGAUCAAGAGAAUCAUGGUGCCUACCAUAAGAAACACGAGGCUACAAAAGGAAAUCAUGAAAAGAAAGGCCAUCACGAUUCAGAUUACAAUGAGUACGAACAUGGUAAACAAUCUAAGCAUGAGAAAGGACAUCAUAGUCAGGAUCAAAAGGGUAAAAAAUCAGCCGAAGGACACGAUGAUCAUCAUCAUCAUCAUGAAAAAUAUGGUAAAAAGGAAGAACACUCAUCUGGAAAGAAAUGGUUGAAGAAGAGCAAACGUUGA